AUGACAUAUGUGCCCGUUGGAUACAUUGCCCCUCGAUUUCCGGCUCUAGGAUGGCCUCUAACUAAGUACUAUCUCUACUACACCAAAGAUGUGGUCAAAUUUACAAUGUUCUGGUGCAUUAUUUUGAUGACCGCGUUCUAUUUGGCUGCCGCACUGAUCGCCUCCUUCACAUACUACAAGAACAACAAGGACAGCAAGAAAAAAGGUACCGCCCUGGUGGCUAUCGUCGGGGUCUAUGUGCUUGUUGGAGUGAUCCAGGCAGUGUUGUCUGGAUCGCUAAUUGGCCUGCUACUUGCCGAAAUAUACAAAAGCGGUCAGUUUGGACUGAACCCAUGGCUAACGUUCAUCUACGGCAUCAUUGUGGUGCUCUUCAAUAUUGCAACUUCGUAUUCGCUAACCAGUGUUUUAUUAUAA